AACAGUAUUAUGUAAUUAAAAAGUUCAGCUUGAAUUAGAACGAUUCAUCUUAAAACAAAUUUAUAACAAUUUGAUAGAUCACUAAGAAUGGCGUUUCAAAGUAUGAUUACCGGAGCUGAAUGCUCCACAGGUUCUAACUCAAUGUCUCAAAUAAUGAAGCAAUUCACUGACGACCGUUCGUUGCAAAAGGAUACAUUAAUAUCGAGCUCAGAAAGAAUUGAUCCUAGCUCAUUUCGCACAGCUAGACCCGGUACUAGUUCUCAAGAAAAUAAGCUUGCUGAAGACUUUUUUAAUCAGCAAGAACAUGCACGUUUACAAGGUCCUAUAGCACCAUAUCAAGAGUGGACAGCGGAAUUUAAAAAUAUAUCGGAUCAUUCACAGUUAUGGAAACUUGGAUCUGCCGAAGAAGCAGAGAUGGAAGAAGCAUUUACAAGAAUGAAUGUUCAUUCUAAAUGGAAUAGUGAAUUUUUACAUGGACCAGACUUUCCAGUCAGUCAAAUCACUGAGAUGCCACCGGAAUUUGAGGAGGCAUUUCAAAAGAAUUUUGAUUGGGCUAACGAAUAUGUAUUAAAACAUGAUAAAGGGAAAAACAAGGAAAAAAUAGUAGAACUAGAUUAUCAUUCUUGGGAAGAACAAUUCGCCGCCGUGCAACAUGAAGUGGAAAAUGAAAAUUUUAAGUUAGAUAAUGAUCUUCAAUUAUUCGAAGAUGUUUGGUCAAAGUCAAAUUUUCGAGAACAAUCAGAUGACGAUGAACAUUUAGACCCAAAAGUCUGGGAAAGUGAAUUUGGCGAUUAUAUAUUUGAACCUAAUAAUCCUUAUUUAAAACACGCAAAUCCUUUUCAAGAAGGAAUGAGAUUAAUGGAAGAAGGUGGUUCAUUAUCCGAAGCUGCUUUGGCAUUUGAAGCUGCAGUUCAAAAAGACGAAAAGAUAUCAGACGCAUGGAUGUGGUUGGGUAACACACAAGCUCAAAAUGAAAAAGAGGAAGCAGCUAUUAGAGCAUUGCAAAAAGCUGUAGAGGUUAAUGGUAAUAAUCUCACUGCCCUAAUGAGUCUAGCAGUAAGUUACACAAAUGAAGGUUGUGAUCAUCAAGCUUAUCUUACGCUUGAGCGAUGGUUAAUUGCUAAAUAUCCUAAUAUUGCAAUAUCUAAUGCACCAAUGCACGGAGUGAAUACACAUUCACGUGUAACAGAUCUUUUCUUGCAAGCAGCUCGUAGCGCUCCAGAAGGUCAAGGAAUGGAUCCUGAUGUACAAGUUGGAUUGGGGGUAUUAUUUUAUGGUAGUGGUGAAUACGAAAAGGCUGUUGAUUGCUUUGUUACAGCUUUAAAUACAAGAAAAGAUGAUUAUCUUUUAUGGAAUCGUUUAGGGGCUACAUUGGCGAAUUCGGGACGUCCCGAAGAUGCAAUUGAAGCUUAUCAUAAGGCUUUAGAUCUUAAACCAACGUUUGUACGAGCAAGAUAUAAUUUAGGAGUAAGCUGUUUAAACAUAGGAUGUUAUCGUGAAGCAGCGGAACAUUUACUUGGCGCAUUGAGUAUGCAUCAAACUGGUUUAAACGGUGACAGUGGUGUUAAUACUAGUAAUAGCCUUCGCGAAACACUCAAUAGGACAUUUUUAAUGAUGGAACGAAAAGAUUUGGCUGAUAAAAUUCGUUCUGGAUCAGACGUAAAUCAAUUCCGCGAAGAGUUCGAAUUUUAAGAUUAACUGCUGAAAAUGUUACUUUUGGAAUUUAAAAAAGUUCCGAGUUCUGAUAGUAUUACAUUGAUGCACCAAAAAAUUAAUAAUCUGUUGAUAAUUCGCAUAUUAUAACAAUGGAAAGUAAAUUAAUGAGAUCAUAGAUCAUGGAAUCUGCCAUAAUAUAAAUACUAUAAAUUGUAUAAAAUCUGCUGUUAUCUAUCAUCUGGGUAUUUAACAUAAUUCUAAUGAAACUUAAAAUUUACAAAUAAAUUAUCAAUUAGCAAGAAAAAAGUUUGUUCUGAUUAAUAAGAUUAUUAAGAUAAAUAUAAAUUUGGCCAAUAUACUUUUAAAAAUAGAAUUUCUUUUAAAAAUGAAUGACAGAUUAGUAUAUUAAUAAAAAAAUAGAGAAAAUAGAAAAUAAAUAUAGAGUAUUGCAAAAAAAAUUUAUAUUUAAAGAAUUGUCAGAAAUCAC